UAGGGACAGGAUGACGACAAGGGCUUAAAAACUCUACCAUGUCUACUUGUUAAGGAAUGGGAACGAUACACGAAAAAUCCAUGGUUCUUGAGGAAGAGUUGCAUACUCCUUCUAAAAGCACAAGAUCAAAUUCUGCAAUGGAUAAAAACCCCUUGAUUCUUGAGAAAGAGCAUAUGCAAACAAAAUUUCAGUGCCUCUAUCUACUGAUCAAGUUAUGCAACACUCCCAAACAGCUGAAACAAUUGGUUCAUCUAAUCCUAGGAAAGUAAAAAGAGUUCGAGGGAGGAACAAGUGCAAAGAAGUUGCAUCACUUGAAGUUGGACAAAAGCUGAAAUUAACUUUUUACAAUAAUCGAACGGUUGGAACGAACAUCAAUCUGUUUUCGAGGCACUUGGGAAGAAUAGUUCGUGACCGUAAUAUAUGUCCAUUGGGAGUAUCAUCGUGGAGUGACAUUAAGCAAGAAAAGUUGAAUCACAUGUGGGCAGCUGUUGAGGAUAAGUUUGAGAGUGUGGACAUGAAUGAUCAUCGUUAUCAUAUCUUGGAAUGGAUGAAAGAGUUAUGGAACAAAUGGAGAGGAUACUUGUAUGCAAACUAUAUGAAGAAUAAACCAAUCCAACAGGCUCUUAAGAAUAUUCCAAAGGGAGUAGACACGAAAGAAUGGGAGUGCUUAGUAAAAGAACAUUUUACUUCAGAAAGUUUUCAGGCGAGAAGCACCAGGAAUGCAGCAAAUCGAGCUAAGUUGAAGAUGCCUCAUCAUAUUGGUAACAAGCCUAUUCGAGAGAUUAUUUAUCAAAAGGGCGGGAAAUAUGGCAAUCCACCAGAUUUGGGGACUGUUUUCUUUGAGACUCGUAAGAAAGAUAACAAGCUUAUUGAACCUGAAGCAAUUGAAAAACAUGCUCAGAUCAAAGAUAUGGUUCAAUCAGAGCCAUCUCUAUCUAGCAUAGAGAUUGUAGAAAAAUGUUGUGGCCCUCAAACUCGUAGCCAUGUGUUUGGCUUUGGGGGUGGAGUAAAGGCGAAAGACUUGAAAGGUGGCACUUCUUCAAAGGCUGAAUUAUUGUCUGUGCUACGAUCAACUCAAGAGGAUAACAAGUCCUUGAAUGAUCUCUUGUCUGCCUUAGAAGAUGAAAUGAAAGAAAUUAAGAAAAUGAAAGAAUUCUUUACUGCUCAACAGUCAUAUGUCCCGCCUAUGACAUCGCCUGUUUCAUCCGAAUGACCACUGUUUUUGUCUGCUGAUCAAGCUCGAUGAUUUUGUUGGAUAACACCUAAUGAAUUUAGAUUACUUUUGGGGUAAGCGGUAUAACCACUACUAGUGUAACAUUUACAUAUAUUAUCUCUCCAUACUAGUUGAAAUUUUUGCAGUAGUACAGUAACAAAGGCUAGUUGUACUUCUAACCAAAAUUUCAAACAAGUGCUCUGAAGAGCUUGCUGCAGAAUAUUCUACUUCACCACCAGUGCUUGCAACUUCCAAUAUUCCAACCCUAUUGCUGUCUAUAUAUAACUAUACUAUUCUUGUCUCCAACUGCAACCUAUUCUCUGCAAAUUCUUGAUUUGGUAUUUUCCUUGCUGUAUAAGAGAGUUUACUGGAAGUUUAAAAGAAA